AUGGCGUCUACUCGGAGACUCUUCGCAGCAAACGAAGUCGCAGGCGCUACCAACAUCCUUCAGAUAGGAUCGGGUUCAUCGAACGACAGUCCCGUCUAUCGUCUCCCAGGCGACAUUCUCGCCCUAAUCUUCGAUACAUUGGCUUUCCUCGAACCUCCCAGCUUCACAAGUCUAGGAUGGGUGAGGCUGUCGCAUGUGAGCCGCGAAUGGCGAACCCUCAUCCUGGACCGACCUCUCUUAUGGUCACGAGUUGUGUGCAACUUCAACUCAGAAGUAGCACGGAGUGCAGCACUCGCUCGGUCCCUUGAUGUCCCACUCUCGUUAUAUUUCCUAUCUUCCUGGUGGUCACUUCGGACUCCUGAUUUUAGAGAGCUCGCCCAUCACUUGAUGCACAGGGCGCGACUGAUAUCAUCCCCCGAUGGUCUCCAUCGACACGGAAAUUUCAGACUUACUGGUCACUUGUUGCCUCUCCUUGAGGAGUUAGACAUUGAUGUCUGUAACGACGACGGAAAUCCACUUCUUGCGCCUUCUCUAUGGCGCCUGAGUAUACGGACUAUCCCUUGGAACAUCACGGCGCCUCAUCUGCGUCUCCUGAAGGUCGCACUCAAUGAUCGGGUUGAGUGCUUCAAUCCGUACUUUGCCCAGAUUCCCAAACUCCUAUCCGCUAUUCCUCUGUUGGAGUCUUUCAGCUUCAAGCUGACCGCUCAGUACGGGCUGUAUGAGGGAGAAGAAGGUUUUUCGUCGGCAGUUCAUGGUGCCCGGCGUAGUAUCCAGGGUGUUCUGACUGCCCUCGAUCAAGGCAAACCCGCAGUGGAUAUGCGGCACCUGAAGGUCAUGACGAUUGAAGCAAACACUCGAGGCUCUUCACAAGGGCAAUUCGCAGCUCUCUUGACGACGAUGCUCUGGCGCUGUCUUGACGCAUCCCAUCUCGGAGAUAUCCGGAUCGUGCUCUCUGAACAGUUUCACCCACUGUCAGAACUUCUUGAUACGAUGCAAAAGCACGUGUCAUCUCCGCGCGUCGACGUCCUGACGAUCACGUAUCAAUGGCCCAGUCUGGAGUUCACCCUGACGAACUCGAACCCCGACGAGGCCAGCCAUUGUACAUUCAGACUUCCUUCAUGCGAUAGAACUUCCUUCCUGGACGGAAUCGUUUACUUCUCUCGCGACGCGUCCCGACAGCUAAAAACGCUGCGCCUCGUCUCAUUAUCCACCCCAGGACCCGACUUGGGAGGGCAGAUUGGAUUCAGGCCCCGGAGUGGCGCCUACCCAUCCAUCGAAUCCAUUGAGGUUUAUGGCCCUGCCUCCUUACUCACCCGCGUCCUCUGGAUGUACACCUUCCCGCAAUUGCAGACGAUCGCGCUACACGCGCCGCAACACGACCAUCACGAGCUCGCGGGUUUGGCCGGCGAGCUUCGUGGGCGGCCCGCCAAGCUCAAGCAGUUCACUCUGCGAGGUCACACCGCGUACAUCGACGAGACCAAGUUCGCCAGAGAGAUCUGGGCCUUGCGGCUUGUCGAUCCGGCCGAAGUCGUCAUCGACGAGAGAGAAGGGCCUGAAACGGGCUCUUCACACUCGAGAGUGUUCAAGGCCGGCGGGAGUCAUGUUAGCUCUACUACAAGAACGCAGAAACCUGGGGCAGCUGGACGUGCCGCCGCUCCCGUGUCGGCUGCUGCACGCAGACGCACGGACUCCAUCGUGGGCGAAGUAUCAGCGAGAGGCGCGCGUCGGUCUACCGAGAGCAGUACGAAUGGUCGCUCGACCUGGCGAUAG